CUGCAUUAACACAAGUUUCCACUGACGCACUACCCCAUCAAUCGGUGGAGGAAGCUCUAUCAUACUGCCAAUCCAUAUUUCAGCAAGAAUCUAAAACAACGGAAGUCCGAAACUUCUACGGGCCCCUGUGAUGAAAAAAACUGAAAGAAAAGAAAUAUGGAUACGAGAGGAGGCAUCGUAUGUUUCUUCUUCUUCGCUUGCGUCGUUUCUUUUCUUUCUGUGAACGUGGUUCACGACCUUGCUUUGACGGAAGAAAUUGACUACCAAUUGCAAGCCAAAAUAGACGCCCCGAAGGAAAAAGCUGUAGCCAACGAACAAGAUGACAAUGAUCCUGGUUCCAAUGUCACAAAACGAGCUAAAAGCCCAAUGCAAAUCGCAACCGACGCUCUGAACGCCAACUCAAAAACCGAAAAUCAGCGUCGUCAAGGCGCAUUCAWYAAACAAGGUGAACGCCGAACACAUGGCAAAAAAGACACCCCUAACGCGACGAUUGCAAUCGGUAAACACAAACAGCAUCACCAGGGUAGUACUCAUCAUCAACUAUCUGGCAAUACCACAAAAGAAUUUGAAAGCCGAUCGCAAGAUCGAACGGGCAAACAGAAGUACCAGGGCAGCGAUCAUUUUCUCGCCUCAACAUGGCCAUCUCUUCAACGCGCUAUCUGCAAUGACGGAAUCCCAAAUCAGAAACGGGGAGCUCGUCUUGCGGAACUGUUCUUCGAGUUGGGGAGAGAGGAGGCCUUCGUAUACCCGGAUCUCGAACUCAAAAGAACUUCGAAACACCCGAGCCAAAAGCUCUCCAGGAAGUUCUAYGAGAACGGCUGGCUCGUAACGGCAUACAACUCCUCCUCUUCCUUUCAGACCAUCUACGUCACUGCUUGGAAAUGYGCCAACCAACAAAUUCGGAAAAUGGAAAAGAAACUCUUCGCAGAUAAGGAGCGCUUCGAUGGACAUUACACGGAGAAUGUUAUAUCAUUGGAGGAAGCACUCAAACGUGUCGGCGUUUGGAAAAGUAGUAGAAAAUUAGAAAGCCCCCCGUGUAUAUAUACUGCAAUUCGAGAUCCAAUAUCUCAUUUCCUGUCUGGAUAUAACGAGGUAGAAUAUCGAAUGCUCAUCGAAUUUCCUAACUGGAACAAUACAGGAGGGAACAGGCCCGACGCCCCCUACCAUUUUGCGGUUCCCUAUACGUAUACCUCUGAUAUUGGCGGCAGGGUACCAAAAGCAAAUCCACCAAAAGAAAUUGAUCACGACCGUCUCCACCGUCUUCGGAAAAAACGUUUCUCGGCCUUUGUCAAGGAUUUCUUGCGGGAAGACGAUGCCAUUGCGAAGAAUCAUGAAUAUCAACACGUCUAUUCAAUGACCCGAAUGCUGAACCUGUUAGCACACUUCAAACAGAGAUUUACCGAUUACAUACCAAGCAUCGUGAAUAUUACUACGACAUGGCCUGCCUUUAUUUCCGGUACAUGUCCCGGUGCUCCACCCGUGGACGAAUUUCCAAACCUGCACGUAGAUGGCCAGCAUGACAGUUCCAGGGAUCUGCUGGGACUGUACAAAGCUGCCAAGGAUGUAUGGAAAGAAGGAGGUCCCAUAGCGAGAGCCUUGUGUCUGCUGCACGCCUUUGAUUACGCCUGCUGGACAAAGCUACCCGAAGGCAUUCCUGACGUGUGCAUGAAGGUGUAUCAUGAACACCAGGCGCGUAUACUCGAAACCAGCCGGGAGCGAUCUAACACUAGAAGUGAGGCCUAAGCCAAAGAUGGUCUUUGUUGCGAGGCAGGCAGCCCAUGUAAAUCCGGGGACCAUUAUGAUUAUAGGUGUAGAAGACGAUUCUCGCAGAUAUCGCUGUCUACUAUCAUGGUGGCAGUGUUCUCAUCUUGCACAAAUCAUUUACCGAUGCUUUGUUGCGAAUAGAUUCGCUUAAUUAAA